AUGAAGCUGCAGAUUGAACUUGCUUUUGAGGGUGGGGAAGAAGGUCAAGGUCCUAUUCAGUACAGUGUGGAGAUGGGAGUGUUUUCCGGAAGGGACGACCCAAGGUGGGUAGUUGGCACGAGAAGCCCCUGGUUUGGUCGCCUGUCAAUCAUGCUGGCAAAGUCACGGUCAACAAGAAUGGCUGAAAGGCUCGGUUACCGAGGUUUCACAGUGGAGGUCCGUAACGUAUUCGGCCAGCGCGUGUACAGGACUGUCGGUGCUGGAACGAAUCCGGAACUGGAACUGGUGCUUCUUAACUCUUCACCCACACCGCUAGAGGGCGCCGUACGCAGACACGUCACCGACUUUCUGAGGCGCCGGGUAAUAAGACCCCUACCGGUCGUCCUUGACCCAUUCGACGCCCUAAACGAGGACGGGGCGCUCCCUUAUUGUCGGCUCCCUGAUUUUAACCCCCUCUUGUGGAGCCGCUACCCGCAAGUGACGAGAAACAACUGCUACAACUACGCAACGAACAGGAUGACCGACACUUUUGCUCAACCAGGUCGAGCGACAGGUCGCCGUUUCUCACGGCCGCUCACAGCGAGGGGCGUCUUAGCCGCCACUAUCAGGGACGGCUUCAUUCCGCUGCCACAUAUGUACAUGUACCGGAGUACCUGCGUCUUCGCACUCGCCAUAUGGCCCGGCGUAGACUACCAUUUCUACCGAAUGGACAGUAACCUGAUGUGGUCACACAAGCCAGGGCGGACCCCUGUCCGCAACACAGAUAACAGUGGGAGUCUGAUUAAGGAUCCCCGUUUGGCGGACAGAGGGAAUUAUGUUGUUUUUGCGGCCUAUCUGGCUAACCAUUCUAACGCCAGGGUGCUUUAAUGAACACAUUAUCUUAGUUUAUCAAAUUUAUUUAACAUAGCGAGA